GAACCAAAGACCGAACGGAAAGCGACUUUCUCACAUAACCCAUCCUUCGACUCCUUUCUCUCUUCAUAAACCAUUCCUCCAAUUCCCCCUUCCCCCGCCCAACCUUAACCAUUCCCUUUCCCUUUCUCUCUCUCGAAAAUCUCUCUCUCUCUCUCUCUAUUCUUCUUCUCUGCGUGACUGUGUGAAAAUGGUAAAGGAGGAUAUGGACAUCACACUUCCCAGCUUCUUCAGGUGUCCAAUCUCACUCGACGUCAUGAAAUCCCCUGUGACUCUCCACACCGGAGUCACCUACGACCGCUCUAGCAUCCAACGCUGGCUCGACGACGGCAAAAACACGUGUCCCGCCACCAUGCAGCUCCUUCACACGACAGACCUCGUCCACAACCACACUCUCGGGCGACUCAUCCGGAUCUGGUCCGACUCGAUCCGAACCCGGUCCGGCUCCGACUCGUCCGAUCCCGACUCACCCGCCAACUCGCCGCCCCCCAAACUCACCCAGCACCAAGCUCGAGACCUCAUCAACCAACUCCACAGCAAUGAAUCCAUAUCCAAACUCGCCUCCUUCGCUACCGAUUCCGACGAGAACCGCCGCUUUCUGGCGGCGAUCGACGGCUUCCCGCUGCUUCUCGUCGGAAUUAUUGGCGGAAAUGUGUCCAAAGAAUUCAAUUCUGCUGAAGAGGCAAUUAGGGUUCUUAGCAUGAUCUUAGAAGAAUACAGAGAUAGAGAACAGUUAGCAAAAUCGAUGAUCGACAAAGAGUACCUGAGUUCAAUGCUGAUUUUAUUGAAAAAAGGACGCUUAGGCUCGAGAAUUGCGACGGCUAGGGUUUUGGAAUCCAUUGCCAUCGAUGCAGAGUCGAAGCUGUUCAUCGCCGAGCACAGCGAUGUAAUUCCAGAACUGCUCAAACUAGCGAGCUCCGAAUCGGAUCCGAAUGCGAUCGAGUCCGGUUUAUCUUCCCUGAUCUGUUUAUCGAUACCGAAGCGGAUCAGAAGAAGGCUAAUCCGACUCGGAAUUGUUCCAAAAUUGGGGAAAAUGUUAUCGGACUCGAACCUGAGUGUCUCGUCCACCGAAAAAGCUCUGAAAAUGCUGGAAAUGGCGUCGGCGUGUAGAGAAGGGAGGGACCAGAUGUGUGAGGACGAGGUUUGUGUAUCGGCCAUUGUCAAGAAGGUGUUGAAGGUUUCGAGCUCGGCGACGGAGCACGCGGUGAUGAUACUGUGGAGUUUGUGUUAUCUGUUCGGCGAUCAGAAGGCGAUGGAGGCGGUGGCGAAGAGCAAUGGGUUAACGAAUAUACUGUUGCUGAUGCAGAGCAAUUGUUCGCCGGCCGUCCGGCGGAUGUCCGGCGAUCUGUUGAAGAUGUUUAGGGUGAACUUGAAGUGUUGCAUUUCAAGUUAUGAUACUGAGACGACUCAUAUCAUGCCGUUUUGAACUGUGUAGUAGUAAUUUGUAGAUCGAAAGACAAUUUUGUUACGAAAGAUGCAAAUUAAGGCUGUGUUUGGUAGGGUUGAUUUGGAGGGACAGGGAGGGAAAAGAAAAGAGAGGAUAGUGUAAGUUUAUAUUUGGGUAAGUUAAGUGGAGGGAUAGGGAGAGAUAAGGAGGGAUAGCUAAAUCAAACAUAUCCCUCCAAAUCAACCCUAUACAUCCUUAAUUUGCAUCUUUCGUAGCUAUCCCUCCUUAUUUCUUAUUUUCUUUCUUUUCAAUUUUGAGAAGAUAGGGAGAGAAAGCAUAAUGAUUUUAAGUAGUAUUUUGAUAAUACCAAAAUUAGCCUCCACAAAUUAAUAUAUAGAUUUAUUAUUCCA